GACUGUAAUGAUAAAAUUUAUUUUCGAAAAAAAUAAAUUUUUUAAAGUUAUAUGGAGGUCGCCGCCAUUUUUUAAAAAUAGAAACCUCUAUUUUAAAUAUUCUUGUAGCUGACCUCAAGAUCUUUUCAAAACACUAUCGAUAAACUUUUUUUAGUUAAGUACUUUUCGAGAUAUGAGUUGACAAAAUUCAAGUACCGCUGGCAUUAGCAUUACCCAAGGUGUAGGUUGCCCGGUCGGAUUUACACCUUUUGUGUAUGUGUGUGUGUGUGUGUGUGCGCGCGCGCGCGCGCGCGUGCGUGUGUGUCAGUAUCACGGAAGUGACGGAACGUGGGUUUCUCAUCUCUGCUGACACACACACACACACACACACACACACACACACACACACACAAGGUGUAAAUCCAACCGGGCAACCUCCACGUAGUACACCUUGGGUAAUGCUAACGCCAGCGGUACUUGAACUUUGUCAACUCAUAUCUUGAAAAGUACUUAACCCAAAAAAGUUUAUCGAUAGUGUUUUGAAAAGGUCUCUAAGUCAGCUACAAAAAUAUGUAAGGGAUUUGUUCAGAAGUGUUAGGAUCAGUAAAGUUACACUGGUCUAGUCACAAAAAAAACUGUAUUUCUAGUCUAUUAUACACUAUUUACAUAAAUUAAAUAUAAUAUACAGUAAUGGGUACGUUCACUUCUCAACGCACUCGCGAACUUGAUUAAAAGGAACGCGAAGGGUUGAUCGGAGAACCCUUCACGCACUUGGUGAGCGGAAUUCACGCGAAAAUUGUUAGCGGUGCUUCGAGAGCGGAAAAGGAGGUGACUCUUCGCGCGAAAACGGAGACGCGUCCGUACGAUGUUCUGGUGAACGAUCGAGUGAGUCGGCGACGAUGACCUCCGUUUACGACAGUUACAAAAACUCGGGAAGAUCAAGAUGAGCCAAUUGAAUUCCGCCGCACCGUGAUUUUGCGAGGCCACCUAAGACCGUCGAGGGUGAUUGGAGAUCAGCGACGACGAUAACAAAUCUUUUGCUACUUGUCAUGCGCCGAUCCUCUCUCGCGGUCCGGAUUGGGUCUCAGUGGCGUGCUCAACUCGUGGCACCUCUCAUCCAACCAUUGUUGUUGUGAAUCGAGAGUGUGAGAUCUGUUGAUCUCUUCUCAAAACAUUGUCUUAUUUGGCAAUGUUUUGCAAAGAAAAUCUCUUCGACCAACUUUCAACAAUGCUGGCAAUGAAUUUAAGAAGUUUUGGUGUAAAGAAUGCGAGAAUCCUAAACAGGAUUCCAUUUUAAAAAAUGGCGGCGACCUCUUUAGGACUUUAAAAAAUUUAUUUUUUUUUUAAAUAAAUUUUAUCAUUACAUAGUCCUAUUUAAAUUGUACAACUUUUGUCUGAUACAUUUUUUCGUAUCCCAUAUUUUUCGAGAUAUUUCAUCAGUCUGGUACUUUUUACCUGUAUAUAUAUAAACGGAAAAGUAAGUCUCUUUUACAAGUUUAGACGAACAACAAAGAACUAUUUAAAUGAAAUAUAAAAGUAGGAGAAAAACAAAUUUACAUUAUCGCAGCAAGUCAAAAAACGAUCGCUUAAACGAAGUAAUAGAUCCAUGAAAAAAGUCAACUCGGGCCGAGAAAGCAUUUGCCUGCAUGUACACCCUAUUUAUGAGUUUAUUUUUGCCAUAGGAAGUGCGAUGCAAUUUUUCAAAAAAUAACAAGCAAUUUCUAAGAGACCUAACUAAAACAUACCAUUUUAUUUGUUCCAACAAUUUCGAACAAAUAAUAAACCCGCGAAUCAACUUAAAAAGAAAUGUAAGGUCAAAGACUGUUCGCCUUCCCUCACAAGUGUCUGUAUCUAUAAAUUAAGCUUCCUUAACAUAAAUUCGUAGAUAUGAUCGCGAUAAGACAUUGGAUUUUCUGUAAAAAAGCUUACUCUGUGGAGAAAGCGAUGCUUAAUCUUCUCAUUUAAUAAUUUAUAUUUGAAUUGGUGCAGUGCCUUGACGAUAGAGGCAAAUUCCAGCUGAGGCCUAACUAGUACGCAAUAUAACCAUCUCAACAUGUUGAUAUUACUGAAGUAUUUACUAGACCGUAAUACAAAUCCGAGUUUUACAUUAUAUAUAUAAUAUAUUUUAUAGUAUGUAUUUUAUAUUAAAAAUGUAUAUGUAUCAAUAAAAAUGUAUUAAGGAUAAUGGAAGGAUAAUAAUGAAACCUCAUAUAUGGCGUGUGGGUGUGUGUUAUUUACUACUAUAAUCAAAAAAUAAGAUAAAUUUUUCAUUUAAACUUCGCGGGUACUAUAAAAUCAUGAAAUUAUUUUUUUUGUGGAUUGGUUGCACUGUCUUUGACAUUUAUGCAGAGUUUUAUGUCAAUAUAUUUAAUUGCUGCAGAGCUACACGUGUUUUUAUAAACAUACAAAAGUGAGUUUUUUUAUUUUUACUAUGUCUGAUUUUGUUGAGCAAAGAAUUUGCAUUAAAUUUUGCGGAAUAAAUAUUCUGCCGCGAAAACGUUGAGGAUGUUGCAGAAGGCCUUUGGUGAUAAGGCUAUGUCGCAAAAAAAUGUUUACAAGUGGUAAAAAGACUUGAAAGAAGACCGAGAACGAGAUAUUUCAAGGUCAUCAAAAUCGGUGAGGAAUUGCUAAUGUAAAUAAUUACCAAAUUAUUUCGAAAAAAUAACCAAAAAAAUUAGUAGGUUACAUAUUUUUCGGGCUCCCCCGAUUGAUUAUCGUUGUCGGAGUCACAACAAACCUGUUUACCAAGAAAGUUAUGAAAAAAUAUCAAAAUUCGGAAAAGUACCAAUUGUAAAUAAUUACCCAUUUUUUCAUAUACCUCAUAUUUUAGAAGAUAUUUGUUAUAAAUGAAAAAAUACGUUUUUUAUAGGCGUUAAAACAACCCCUAAACCUCGAGAUAAGCCGAUAAAAAAAUACGGGUCUCUGAACUUUUUUGAUGCUCUACAACAUAUCCGAUGCCCAUCAAAGUCAGUAAGGGAUAGCCCUGACCCUUGUUAGUUACGUACCUGUAAAUAAGUAUUAUAUUUAUCUUUAUUUUGUAUUUCUUUUUCGUUUUUAACACAAAGUAAUAUAUAUUCAAUAAAUAAUUUAAUUCAAUUUAAUACACAUAGUAGAAAAAUAUUUUGAUUUUUAUCUCAGCUAUUUCCCGUUUUGUCUUAAUAAAGAUAUCAUUGGAUUAAAAUAUCGUUCACAUUAUUCUUAUUUUCUAAUAAGUCUGUAAAAAUAUAUUACAUUAGGUGAAUAUUCAGGACAAAAUAACGCAAUGAUUAAAUUUAACGAUCUCUCUCUCUCUCACUCUCUCUUUCUCUCUCUCUCUCUCUCUCUCUCUCUCUCUCUCUCUCUCUUUCUCUCUCCCCUCUCUCUCCCCUCCCUUCUCUUUCGCUCGCUCGUUCAAAUAAUGUUUAUUAUUUUUAUUAUUUUAUUAUUUAACACUCAAAGCUUAUAUUGCUCGCAUGAGUGCCGCAUGUAUGCGAGCGAUAUGAGUCUUAGUUAGAACACUCACAUGAGGCUCCUAUCGCCCGCACGCGUGCGGCACGUGUGCGAUAUGAGUCUCAAAGGAGGACGCAUCUGCAUGGUGCUGUGCAGUCACACUGUGAUGAUUAUUAAGCACGCUUGCAAGCACUGUGCCGACAUUUUGUUAUCUGGGUACUUUAUGAUAAUUAUCGCAAUAUUAACAUUCUUAUUAUUCUUAUCUUUUAGAUCCACUCGAUCUUCAAAAAGCCACUUCGAUAUAAAACUACUUCGAGCGAAGAGGAAGUAAGGGCUAAAAAAACUAAGCGUAAUAAUGAAGAAAAAGCAAAGUUUCAUCUGUUAUGCAGAAUAUUCGCACUACUUAAAAAAUUGUCUCAAAUAAUACCGAAGAAAACACAGUAUGCAAUUUUCCACAAAAUAUGCAUUAAAAAACUAUUAAUAACUUUCAUUCAUUUAAUGCAAAUAAUACAAGUACUCCAUCACAAGAAUUUAGCAUUAAUAAAAAUAGUUCUCAAAAUUUAAUAUUACAUAAAUCAAACAUUACAACAGAAAACAUUACACAGUCAGCCAUUCAGCUAUAUAAUGUUCAAAAUUUAGAAAAUGAUAAAAGACAACUCUUAAAUAAUGUUCCACGUGGUCAGCAAUCUUUUCAAAAUAUUGCAUUCAACAAUGCAAAUAAUACAAAUACUCCAUCACAAGUAUCCAUCCAGCAUUAAUAAAAAUAAUUCUCAAAGUGUAAUCCUACAUAAAUCACACAUUACAACAGAAAACGUUACACAGUCAGCCAUUCAACUAUGUAAUGUUCAAAAUAUAAAAAAUAAUAAUACACAACUCUUAAACAAUUUACAACCACGUGGUCAGCAAUCUUUUCAAAAUAUUGCAUUCAACAAUGCAAAUAAUACAAAUAUUUCAUCACAAGUAUCUAGCAUUAAUACAGAUAUUUCAUCACAAGUAUCUAGCAUUAAUAAAAAUAAUUCUCAAAGUGUAAUCUUACGUGAAUUACACAUUACAACGGAAAACGUUACACAGCCAGCCAUUCAGCUAUGUAAUGUUCAAAAUUUACAAAAUGAUAAUAGACAACUCUUAAACAAUUUACAACCACGUCGUCAACAAUCUUUUCAAAAUAUUACAUUCAACAAUCUAUCAGAAGAGUCAAAUCAUACACAAGAAUUGGGAAAUAUAAUACCAGUUGAACCACUCCAAAGGGAAAACAAUGCACCAUUAAUGAGACAAGGAAAUAAUGUACAAAUUGAAAUACUUCUCGACUUACAGCGAAAAAUACAGUACGUUAUAUGUUUUCUUAUCUAUUAACAACUAUUAACAACAAGUGGAUAAUAACUCUGAUUUAAAUAAUAUAUAUUUAUUUUUUCUAAAAGUUUUUAAUAAAUAGUUUAUGAAAAUUUUUUAAAGUUACAAGUUUCUUUUGAGAAAAGAUUUAUAUCUUGAUUUUUAAAUUUGACAUGAUAUAUUACUAAUUAUGCCUAGAGUUUCGUCCGGAUGAAUAUUUAACUAUGUAGUAAUGCGUCCCUGCACGUCGUAUCAACAGAAUUUUUUUACAAAACAAAAGUAAAAAAGGCGUUCUAAGGGCCUACUCCGAUCCGUGCGCUCCUUAGAUACGCGCGCGUACAUAGAUACGCGUACGUCCGCCAUAAUUCUUCAUUGUUUUUCUGUUCGUCGAUCAACACACAUCGACACGUUGGACUUUUCGUCUCUAUUUAUCAAAGUUAUUUCUUUUCUGAGUCCCAUUAUGGGUAAGUCCUCGCGGAAAUACCGUUCUAGAUCUCCUAGAAGUCACAAGCGGCACAAGCGUGGUUCUCGGGAUUCUUCAGGCGAUGGAAAAAGAUCGCGUAAUCCGAAGAAUAUCGGAUCACAUUCCCGAGAAGCCUCUCUCUCUGUCUCUCUGGAUCGUAUCCUGAAGCUCCUUACAGAUCAAAAAAAUCGGAUCGCUGCGAUCGAGGCGAACUCGCAUGUUUCCGUGGUGUUCCCGUCUGAUGCUCCGGCGGAUACUCUCUCCCCUCCUUCUCAAGGUCAGCGUCCAGCGGACGAUUUCUUAGUGUCGCAAAUAGAUCCAGAGCCUGUUGAGACCGUAGCUGAGCUGUCUCAGGCCCCUGUUUCUGUCCCGUUGCAGCCCCAGCCGGAGGAGGCUGCGUUGUCGCAAACGAUUGCCUCUGUGCUGCAAACGGAAGGUAAGCGCUUACAUGAGGUCUCGGACGGUUCCUAUGAACCGCGGCGUCAUAUCAGGUGCGUUCCCUCGUCGACCCUUUUUGUUGGUCUAUCCACAAAUUGGCAUAGAGGGAACGAUUCCGAUCGAGUCCUCGAUAGCGUUUAUUUAUUACACCUUCCUUCUUUAGAUUCUGUCUCGGACACUCGGGACCGUAUCGUGUCUUUCGCUCCUCCCUCCUCUCCUGACGCUAUCCCGAACAAGUCGUCUAAGAGGGUUUCUGAGCUUUUUGGCCCUCGUAAUGAUCCGCCUUUCGCCUCGUCGUGGGAUCAUACUGUCCUCGCUUUUGCUCGUGACACCGUUCACAAUGGUCUUCCGGACACUCUGAGGACUCAAUUACUUUCCGAGCACGAGGUUAAAGGCGAUCUUUCGACUCUGGGCCCUCCUAAAAUUAAUAAGGUCUUAUUACCUGCCUUGAAGAGUUCAGCAUCCGCUCUGAAGCGAGACGAAGCUCAGGUUUCGCAUCAAUCUCAGCUUGCGGCGGCCUUGAAUGCGCUCGGCUCAGGAGUCUCGUCGUUGAUGUCGGAGGAUGAACCAAUUAUUACCGGAAGAAGGAAAGAAGGCCCUUCAACAUGUUGCUGAAGGAAUCCAUUUACUUGCCGACCUGCAGUAUCGUCUCUCGUUGCAGAGACGAGCUUUUAUCAAACCGGCCUUGAAUUUUUGGGGAAAAAAUACAGCAGACUCGGCCCCGAUUGACGAGUGGCUCUUUGGCUGCUCUUUUGCAGAAGAGAUCAAGGAGGCCAAGGACUGCAAGAAGGUUGCCAGGGAGCUGAGUUCCAAGCCCAAACCCUUCUUCAGCAAGGCAGCCUCUCACCAACCCUCUCGAGUACAGCCACAGCCUAAAUCUAUUUCGACUCCGGGAAACUCGAAGGCCCCCACUCGCCAAAAUAAUCCACCACCUCGACGGAGUGGGGCUCGGCAGUCGAGGGACAGGUCUCGGAGAUCAGCUUCUCGCUCCCGCCAUCAUCGUUAAAAGAGGUGAGACUGGCCGGUAAUUUAGCGAAUUUUGUCCAUGCCUGGGAACGUAUUACUUCGGAUCCUGAAGUUCUCAACGCCGUACGGGGCUAUAAGAUUCCCUUCUCUUCUCCACCAUCAAUGCGCCCGUUUCUCAACGAACCAAGCUUUACCUCCUCAAUCGAAGCCCAUUGCGACGCGGAAAUCCAGCGUCUCAUCAAUAAAGGUGCCAUUGCUGAAGUGGAGCCAUCGGAGGAUCAGUUCCUGUUUUCUUUUUUCUUGAUUGAAAAAGCUUCAGGAGGGAUGCGCUUUAUUUUAAAUUUAAAAGAUUUAAAUUUUUAUAUUUCCCCGCCACAUUUUAAGUUAAAAGAUUGGCGUACGGUUGUUCGCCUCAUGCUUCUAGGAUAGCAGAUGGCCUCCCUCGACCUUGAAGACGCUUAUUUUCUGGUCUCGAUCCACCCGGAGCACAGAAAAUUUUUACGUUUUCAAUGGAGGGGAAAAACUUUUCAAUUUUCAGUUUUACCCUUUGGACUCGCUACGGCUCCUUAUAUCUUUACUAAGCUACUUCGCCCAGUAGUGGCUUUCCUCCGGGCCCAAGCUCACGAGUCAGUCCUCUACCUGGGUGAUUUUCUUUUACUUGCUCCUUCCAAAGCAGCUUGCCGUCUUAAUGUCCAGGCUCACAUUAAUCUUCUUUUCUCUCUGGGCUUUGCUAUCAAUUUCCGCAAAUCGGAGCUCGAACCUUCGUAUGAGCGAAAGUAUUUGGGCUUCAUUUUUAACUCUACUCAGCAGUCGGUUGCCAUUCCAGAGCAACGUCGUCGUAAUCUUUACUCUCUCGUUUCUAGCUUAUCAAAAAAGUCUCGUUGUUCGAUCCAAGACUUCGCGAGCAUGAUUGGCUCUUUUGUAUCUGUUUGUCCAGCAGUUCAAUACGGCCUUCUUUAUACUAAGGCCUUUAAGAGAGAAAAAUUUUUUGCCUUAGAAAAAUCCUCAAAUAAAUUUUCGGCAGAAAUGAAACUCCCCCUCUUACUCAAAGACGAUUUUUUUUGUGGUUUUCAGUUUUAUCGGAUUCUCACCAAAAGAAUUUCAUUCAUUCACGCAAUUAUGUCUUGGAAAUUUUUUCAGAUGCGUCACUCACCGGCUAGGGUGCCUCUAUUAAUCGUAUUCAUGGAUGGUGGUCUGAAGAAGAUCGUCACCUUCAUAUUAAUGUUCUCGAAUUAAAGGCAGCUUUUUAUGCUCUUAAGUCCUUUGCGUCUACGUGCUGAGACUGUGAUACUCUUCUGAGGCUCGAUAACACGACUGCUUUAUCGUACAUCAAUCGUUUUGGCUCUGUUAAAUUUCCUCUCCUUUCGUCGAUGGCAAAGGAUAUCUGGCAGUGGUGCGAGGAGAGAAAUAUUUUUCUUUUUGCAUCCUAUAUAUCCUUGUCAGAAAAUGUCGCGGAUAGCGAAUCUCGGCGUUUGGAUACAAAUACCGAAUGGUCUUUGUCAGAAUUAGCCUUUAAUAAAGUUUUUCAACGUUUUAGCCCCUUCGAAAUCGACCUCUUUGCUUCCAUUGUAAAUGCCAAAUGCGACACUUACGUUUCUUGGCUCCCAGAUCUUUUGCAGUCGACGCUUUCACCUUUUCUUGGAAAGACUUUUUCUUUUACGCCUUCCCUUCUUUCAUUUUACUUUCCCGAGUGUUACGCAAAAUUUAUGAUGACAAAGCUGAAAGUGUUGUCAUUGUGCCAUGGUGGCCUUCGCAGCCCUGGUUCCCUCUUUUCCAGCGUAUGUUAAUUGAAAAACCUCUUAUUUUCUCUCCGUCUAAUAAUCUUCUCUCCGCACCUUUUAAGUCCCAACAUCCAGCGGCAAACUCCCUUUCCCUAGCGGCAGGGAAUGUAUCCGGCAAGCUUUUGAAGCGCGACGAGUUCCAGAACCGGCACUAAAUGCGAUGCUUGCCUCGCUCGCCUCUUCAACUAUUCAACAAUACUCUCGGCCUCUACGAUCAUAGUGGAUUUUUUGCCAUAGUCGCUCGACCGAUCCAUUUUCCCCAGGAGUAGAAGACGUUCUCGCCUUUUUGGCAAUGGAAUUAGGUAGUGCCGGCUCUUAUUCAACUUUUAACACUUCGAGAUUCGCGGUAUCUUUAGUUUCCGCAAACGAGAUUGGCGAUCACCCGUUAGUACGGCGCUUCUGCAAGGGAGCGGGUGUUCUAAAACCCCCGCGUCCUAAAUAUGAUUUUAUAUGGGACCCAGCACCAGUAAUUGCUAAGCUAGGUUCUUGGUUGCCUCACCAGAAGCUUCCUCUAGAUAUUAUUACAAAAAAGCUUGUUUUGCUGCUUGCGUUAUGCUCUGGCCAGCGUUGUCAAACGUUGGCCGCGAUCAAAGUCUCUCAGAUAUCUCUGACCUCAGAAAAAAUUUUUAUUCGUGUAACGGAUCGUUUAAAAACUUCGGCACCGGGUCGUUCUCAACCUUUACUUUCUUUUUCGCGUUUUUCGGGUCACAAUAAUUUAUGUUUAGCGCUCAUUUCAGAUUAUCUGGAGCGUACUGCGAGCUUGCGGCCGGAAGGUUGUGAUUCCUUGUUUAUUUCUUUAAAACGACCCUUUGGCCGGGUGGGAAGCCAGACUAUAAGUCAUUGGAUUCGGAGUGUUCUCGCAAUCUGUGGGGUAGACGGCUCUUUUACGGCGCAUAGCACCCGCCACGCGUCUACAUCCCUUGCAGCCAAACAGGGAGUUCCUGUGGAUCUUAUAAAAAGAGCUGCGGGCUGGUCAGGGGAGUCGCGUAUAUUUGCUAAUUUCUAUAAUCGUCCAAUUAUAGAUUCUGACGUAUUCGCUAAUUCUAUUUUAUCUGCGAGUACCUCCUCUGCAUAGCCCUUAAUUAGACAAUUUUUUCUUUCUUCAGUUAAUUAAAAAAAAAAAAAAAACGUGUCUUUACUUUUUUAAUGCGGCUAGUUAAUUCGCGUUUUGAACAUCUACAUAGUUAGAUAUCCAUCCGGACGAGACCCCCAGCAUAAUUACGAUCGAACUUCACUUGGUGAGUUCGUUUAAUCCGUAAAUUAUAUAUUAUUAAUUUCAGAGAAAUAAAUAAGCGAUUGGAUUCGAUAGAACAAAAAAUUAAUGGCAAUAUCAUUAAUGCAAUGCCUAUAAAAUCACGAAUCUGCUUAUUUAUGAAUAUAGAUGCAAUACGAAUGUUUACAAAGGAGAAUAGUGUUCUUUACAAUAAAGUUAUAGCGUGCAUCAAUGGGUAAAAGAAGCUAUAACGCUACAAAUAGCCGAGCAACUGACAUGGUGGGGAGUUAACAAUGUAAAACUUCCAUUCUAUAAUACAGUUCUAUGUCAAGCGUUUUACUAAGCCGUAGGAUUGAAUCGAUACUAACCAACCAAAUAAGAAUUCCAAAGAGAAGUCGUAGCAUCUUUGAAAGUAGCAAAACAACGUCUACGGAAUAUUAAAGAAAGACAUCCUGUUAUUCAAGGGAGGCGAAAAAAAUUGCAGGCUGCUGCAGAUGCAAUAUACAAUGAUGAAAAUAUUAGCAAUCACGAGGAUGAUGGGAAUCAAUCAGAAAACGAAGAUAGUAACAACG